ACAAUACUGGCAAUUUCCUUCCACGCUUAAAAUAUAUAGACGGGGGCGGAAUUCAAGAGUGAAAGUAGAGGGACUUCCAACGAUAGAUAAGUAGUAUCUCCGGUGUAAGUUACCAAGUCAAGUUUUAAGUGCGGUGGUGAUAGAAAAAGUGAGAACAUGGAUAAAGCUUUAAAAAAUAGCAAUCGUACCGGAGGAAAACUUAAGUGCAGUUUAUAAAUUUCAUCAUUCAUAAAUUUUUGCAAAUUUCUUAAAAUUACUACCGACCGACUUCCAUAGAAGUUUACUACGUAAUUUGCAUGACACACAUUUCCGGUAGAAACCAACUUUUGGAGCUAUAAAAGUAAUUAAAUUAUAGUCAUCAUGUCAUCAUCAUCACUUUUAUGUCGACUCGUCAGUUUCAGACACUUAUCUCAUCCCCCGAUUAGUCGAAGCAGCGUCGUCUUCUGCUUCCGGUCUCUGUCCAAUCGCCCAAAAAAUAACCGUUUUCACUCCGCCCUUCUCGCAGCUCUAGCCACGACAAAGACGCUGUUCAAGCAGACAAUUAGCCGGAUCUUGUCCCCUCCAGAUGAUGCCCAAGUGUUUAAGACUGGGGCUCACUCGAUAGGGUCAAAAGUGUUAGCCGGGAGCAGUAUUCUCGGUCUAGGUGGUCUCUGUUACUACGGGAUCAUUCAUCACCCCGACAUCAUCCCGACCGCCCGGAAUCGACAUAAUCUCUGGCCUGACCAUGUCCGUUGGAGGGUGCGGUCCGCUUUUGGCUAUCUCGGUCUCUCCGCCAUCGUCACGGCGGCCUCUACGUGGGCCAUUUUCCGCUCGAGAGCCUUCAUGCGACUCAUCCACUCCGCCCCCUGGCUCAUUUUUGCGUCCUCACUCGCACUCCAAAUUGGCACCGGCGUCGUCCUCUUGACCAGUUCGUACACCCGAGGGUCGUACAUAAACGUGAAGGAGUUCAUGUGGCUGGUUCACUGCUCUCUUUUGGGAAUCACGAUUGCGCCAAUGUGCUACGUCGGCGGAUUUCUCGUCUCUCGAGCAUUUCUCAUGACUGGCAGUAUCAUCUCGGCGCUGGCUCUACUCGCAUAUACCGCUCCAGAAUCGACCUUUCUUCCCUGGAGCCUCCCCCUCGGCAUGGGUCUCGGCAUCGUGUUUGCCGCUUCAACCGGUUCCUUCCUCAUCCCUCAGUCGACCCGGUUGGGGAGCUCCCUCUUCGCCGUGUACUUGUACGGGGGGAUGAUCCUCUUUGGUGCCAUGCUCCUCCACGAUGUUCAACGCGUCCUCCAAACGGCAGAAAAACUCCCGUUCGACCCUGACCGACCCGACACGUUUGACCCCAUCAACGCCGCGAUGGCCAUGUACAUGGACUGUCUCAACAUCUUUGUCAGAUUCGUCCAGUUAUUCGCCUUGCAAGAGGUGGCCAAGAGGAUUAAAAAGUGAUGCCAACUAAAUUUCUCAUUAUUUAUUUACAUAAAUGACGACGAUACAGAGAAAAAUAAGUAUUCCAUCGCACUAUAAAAUUUAUCUUGACAUUAAUGACAUUUCGUAAAAGUUUCCCGAUUGAAUUUUCAAAUUUCUCAAUAUUUAUUUAAGUACAAAGAAAAAUACCCCAUCGCCCUGAAAAA